AGGGGCAGGCAGUCACAUGAUUCGCGCAGAGCCAAGCUGCCCAAUUCCAAUAUGGUGGCCAGCUUGGCAGACCUACGGUUCUUGUUGAUGAUAUUGUUGCUCUGCGGGGGGAUCGGGGACGGCGCCUGCAGCCAGGAAGCCCCGCGCGUUCUGGGGUUGCGACUGGAGGACCCAGAAGGCCGGGUGUAUAUGAAGGAGAGGAUAAUCUCUGCGCCGCAAGGGGCCAGUUUCAAGCUCCGGCUGUUCGGCUCGGAUCUGAAUGGUACCUGGCCGUGGGUGGCGUUCGCUGGGGCUAGACUUGGGGAGGCCGGGGCGGUGGGGGAUGCAGCCGACCCGUGUGGGCAGGAGACCCGCCGUGACACCUCCGCCUUCCAGGUCACCGGGGAGGUCACGGCAGACGAGGAGUACAGCGGGCUGAUAGAGGUAAAGGUGCGGGACAAGAGCAUUAUGUCUCUCACUGCAGGGGAUGAUGCCAACCCGACCUACCACCUGUGUGUGCUGAAGAGCGGGAGUUGGGUGUCAGUGGGACGGGACAGGCUGCGGAUCAACAACGAAAAUGGUCUCCCAGCGGACUACAUCCCUCCGUGGGGUGUGGCGGUGCUGAUUGUGCUGCUGAUCCUGGUGUGUGGGGUGCUGAGGACCGUGAACCUCAGCCUGCUGUGGCUGGACCCUCUGGAGCUCUAUGUCCUGCACAGCUGCGGCUCUGAGGAAGACAAACGGGCCGCCAAGCGCCUCGAGCCCAUCCGGAGAAGGGGCAACUUCCUGGUGUGUUCCCUGCUUUUCUUGUGCGCUCUGGGCCAUUCGGUUCUAGGUGUGCUGCUCUACCGGGCCCUGGGUUCCAUAGCACCCGCCGUCUUCACCAGCGGGUUCCUCAUCUUCCUGGUGUCAGAGCUGGUUCCACAUAUAGUGUGUUCCGGCUACGGCUUCCAGCUGGCCCCAGGCCUCACCUGGCUGGCACAGGUGUGUAUGGUGCUGACGUGCCCACUGUCGUGCCCACUGGGCCUGGUGCUGGAUCUGGCACUGAGGCGUGACAUCAGCACCUGCGGCGUGAGGGAGAGGGCCAUGGAGAUGAUACGGACCAAUGUCAACGACCCCUACAGUGAAUUUGUGAAGGAGGAGUUUAGCCGUGGUGCACUGCGCAGUAAGACAGUGGAGGACAUCCUGACUCCGCUCAAGGACUGUUUCAUGCUGUCUUCCACCGCUGUGCUGGACUUCUCCACCAUGUCAGAGAUCAUGCAGAGUGGAUACACGCGUGUCCCAAUCUACGAAGAGGAGAGGUCCAACAUCGUGGAGAUACUGUACGUGAAGGACCUGGCUCUGGUCGACCCUGAUGACUGUACUCCCAUGACAACGAUCACCAAGUUCUACAACCACCCUCUGCACUUUGUCUUCAACGACACCAAACUGGACGCCAUGCUGGAGGAGUUCAAGAAAGGAAACUCAGCCCUGGCCAUCGUUCAAAAGGUGAACAACGAGGGGGAGGGAGACCCCUUUUAUGAGGUUCUGGGAUUGGUCACCUUGGAGGACGUCAUCGAGGAGAUCAUCAAAUCAGAGAUCCUAGAUGAGUCUGACGGAUACAUCGACAUGAAGGUGAAGCGUCCUCUGGCCCCUCUGGAGAUUUCCCUGGAGCCUCGCAGCGUCCACGAAGAAUUCUCUCUGUUCAAACUUCCCGAGGGCGAACCCAAGAUCCGCACCUCGCCCCAGCUACUGCUGGCCACACACCGCUUCCUGUCCAGAGAGGUAGAACACUUCAGUCCAGCCCGUGUGUCAGAGAAGGUGUUGUUCCACCUGCUGCGUCACCCCAGUGUCAACCAGGAAGUCCACUUUGACCCCUCCAACCGCCUGAGCCCAGACCACUACCUUUACACACGCAACCACCCCGUAGACUACUUCAUACUGCUACUACAGGGCCGUGUGGAGGUGGAGAUCGGUAAAGAGGGCUUGAAGUUUGAGAACGGAGCAUUCACAUACUACGGUGUGUCUGCACUCAGAGCGCCAACCUCAGUGCACCAGUCUCCAGUGUCGACCCAGCGUCAUUCUCCCAGGGAUCCGUUUGAGUUGGGAGAUGCCACCAGCUCGUCCAGCUACUGUCCUGACUACACCGUCCGUGCCCUCACUGACCUGCAGCUCAUACGGGUGACUCGCAUGCAGUACCUGAAUGCUUUGAUGGCGUCACGUGUUGGCCAGAGCCCAGACCCUUCUGAAAUCAAGAUCCUUCCCAACAGUCAGACCAAGCUGCUCAACGAUAGGAACAUCACCACUCAAGAGUUCCCUGUAAACUUUUCUUUCUUUGACAACAUUGACAACUACUGUUAGUGUUUUCUGUGUGCAUGAGGUGGCAGUAAAUCCCAGGAGAGUUCCACAGAAGAGGAGGCUCAUGGGUAAUGCAGUUUUCUCCCUCAGAACUACGUGUGUUACUCA